AGUAUCUGUACUCGUAAUCUGUAUCCUGACAGCGUAAUAUUGUAAGUUUCAUUCGCAGCUUCAUGCGCGGUUAACUACUGCAAAUUCGGCAACAACACUAUUAUUUUAUACUAUUUUAAAGCGUUCGGAAUGACAUGGCCGACGUUCCGGGGGGAUACUCAUGUUCGCUCGGUGUGUUACUAGCAACAGGUGCUGCACUAUUGGGUGCGCUAUGGUUCUUCGUGUGGUCCAAGUGCUCGAAAGCCCUUCCAAAUGGCGGUGACCCGGCUGCGGCAAAAGCGUCUAAAGCGGCUAAUAAACUGACCAAAAUUGUGGAUAGUCUGCAAAAACCAGCUGUUCUUCCACCCGUUGGCGAAGAUCCGAUUUCGAAAAAAUGGGUGGCGCAAAAGGUGGUAGCGACAAGGCAAGCUGUGGGCACCCAGAUGGCUCGUAUCACUCGUCAUAUUGACCAGAUAGUUGACUUAACCGCGCCGUCCGUACGGAAGCGAGAAGGUGUCGCUAUUGAAGGAUCGGUGAACACCAUUAUCGAUAAUUUGGAAGAGAUGGUGGACAGCGUUAAGUUUAUUGCGGCUGUUCUGGAAGAUGAUAAGAAAGGAGAUGAACUCUACAAAACAACACAUAAAUUAGUCGAAGCCGUUCGUAAUCUGCUGGAUACAGCAAGAUUUGACGAUGCUUCACGCCGUCAACUUCUGAUGGAAGCUAUCCGGGUGGGCGAAGCGGGCAAAGAGAUCGUGCACUGCGUGAAUAGUGCGGAAUAUCAAGAUUCUUUGAUCAACACUGUGGCUGAUUCGACACCUAAUCUUGAGGCAUCGGUUGGAGCUAUCACCCUGAGCACUUCACAAUUGUGCAAGGCCCCGGAGCCGGCUGAAAUGAUUCGACAAGCGAAGAUUUUGUUGCAAGCUACUGCAGAGCUUGUAAAAGGACUGAAGUCAGAAGGGGAAGCUGUUACAGGAAAAGGUCUGCAGCAACAUCCUUUGGCUGCUGCCAAACAACUGGAGGAUGCAACCACCCGUCUCCUUGAAGCAGCUAAGUUAUGUGCUGCUGCACCACAUGAUCAAGAUCGACGCCAAGCAAUGCGUGAUGCAGCCGUUAAUAUUCGCGACUUGGCCCAGCAGACUUCAGUAGAAGUUGGUCCCACGUGUAGCUGUUCAAGCAUAAUGUUGAUUACCUAUCUUGUUUCUUACUUUCAGACAUCGAGUAAACGCAUGGCACAAGCUAGCACUGAAACCAUGGAGGCAUCUCAGGGUGAAGCAAACGAUUUAAGGCGUAAAUAUGAAGAAGAACUAGACAAACUGCAGAAACAUACGACGGAAUACUGGACACUGGCCGAUUGGAUGUGGUGGUUCAUCCGUUUUGCGAUGGACUUAGUGUCUAAUCUGGUAUUCAGUAUAUUCACCUGGAUCUUCGGUACGAAACAACGGCUGCCACCCAUUCGAUCGGAAUUGCUACUUCAAAGUGCCACUUCCACGGCUAGACGAAUCCGCGCCGGCGAGAUCUCCAGUUAUGAUGUAACUGAAGCGUACAUCCAACGCCUGAAGCAUGUCAAUCCUAUCGUCAACGGAAUGGUGGCCGAGCGAUUCGAGGCAGCCAGACGGGAAGCCAGCGAGCUGGACCGACGCUUACGCAGCAUCGGAUUCGACAAUCUGGACCAGUCAGAGUUCUCCGAAGAACGUCAACCGUUUCUCGGCGUCCCCAUAUCGGUGAAGGAGAGCUGGAUGGUUAAAGGGAUGCCGUUUACGGCUGGUACACCGGCGAGGAAAGGGAUCUUGGCGGAGGAAGACUGCGAGGCCGUACGACGACUGCGCGAUGCCGGUGCUAUAAUUUUGGGCGUGACCAAUAUCCCGGAAAUCUGCAUGUGGUGGGAGACCAGCAACAAGUUGUACGGGCGCAGCAACAAUCCCUACGAUCCCAACCGGGCAACUGGCGGUUCAUCGGGCGGCGAAGGCGUGAUUGUCGGGGCGGCGGGAUCACCGUGCGGAUUGGGUUCGGAUAUCGGUGGCAGUAUACGGAUGCCGGCAUUUUUCUGCGGGGUCUUUGGCCACAAACCAACGCGCGGGCUGACACCCCUGGAGGGCAAGUAUCCGCCGGCCACCGAUGAGUCAGCACGCUUUGCGACGGUGGGGCCGUUGUGUCGUUACGCGGAGGACCUGGCGCCAUUCUGUAAAGUUUUAUUGGGACCAAAUGCCAAAGCCUUAUCUCUGGACACGGAAGUCGAUCUGUCGAAGUUGCGUGUUCAUUAUUUACUGCAGAUCGAAAAUCCCUUCAUCACGCCCGUGGAGAGGUGCAUUAAAGAUGCUGUACUGAAGGCGGUCAUGCAUCUGACCGGACAGUUCAAGGCUCAACUGGUUCCAGAGAAAGAUUUUAAGAGUCGAAUGGUAGACCUUCGCUAUGCAUCGGAUAUCUGGAAAGCCGAGGUCAUCCACAACCCGACCCACAGUUAUGCUGCCGAUAUGGUGAACGGAAAGGGCAAAUUGGAUCCCGUUCACGAGUUCGGCCGGCUUCUUUGUGGACGGUCCGAGCACACUCUGAUUGCUCUGUAUCUGGCUUGGGUGGAACAGCACAAACCGGAUCCAGCUUUUCGAAGCUGUUAUUGUGAAAUGAGAAACAGGCUAGAAAGUGAAUUUGUGAAGAUCCUUGGGGAUGAUGGCAUACUGAUACUCCCCACACAUCCUCACACGGCACCCUACCACAACCGAGCCUUGGCCAUGCAUAUGAAUUUCAUCUAUACUUCUGUUUUUAAUGCCAUUGGACUGCCAAGUACCCACGUCCCAAUGGGUCUCGAUAAAAAUGGGCUACCCUACGGUAUCCAGGUGGUCAGUAAUUUCCAGCAAGAUCGCUUGUCACUGGCAGUCGCACGGCAGCUGGAGAAGGCGUUUGGCGGAUGGAGAUCACCGUAGAGCUCAGUCAUUUAGCAUAUCUUUUGAAACGGCUUAUAAUGUUGUCAUCCUUAUACCUCUUAUAUUUAUUCCCGGAUGCUGAUUUGUUUUGCGCAAGUGUCAUGCCGUCGUGCGCAGUUGCAUAUAGACAUGCACAAUUUCCAUUCCCGAAAAGCUUUUACAGUAAUCAAAAGCCAUCAUGUAAAUGCGAUAAGGUUAACAAUACCGCGGUGAUUGACAAGUUAUCGGGCUAAGUUUACGAUUGCUGGCUUCCGC